AUGAGGCGCCUCCUCUGACAGAAGCUGUUGAAAAAGCUGCACUUGAGCAAUGCAAGUGGCAGAUCGCGGAGAGGGAGUCAGGUAGUAGGAGUGAGAGCAGCUCCUCGCUUCUCGUCAGCCUGAGCCAGUAUUGAUGUUCUGGAGGAUGUGCUCCAGCGAGGUCGACAUUCUCUAAGCUGAAGCCGAGAGCGCUGGCAACCGAGCGGAGGCCGGGAAGCGGACUGAGAUCCAGCAGCAGUUGGUUGUCGCCGUGGUGUGCUAUGGGAUGGAUGAAGCAGAGCAAGAUAAGUAUGAGGCACGGCUGAAAGAGGUGUUUGACAGUUUUGACACCAUCGGCACUGGGUCACUGGGCAGAAAAGAGCUGACUGAUCUCUGUCAUAUGCUACAGUUACAAGAGGUGGCUCCAGUGUUGCUGCAGACUGUUCUUCAAGGAAACCUCUCUGGCAGGGUACAUUUUGAACAAUUUAAAGAGGCAUUAAUCUUCAUCUUGUCAACUACUAUUGAAGGGGAUUUCUCAGGAGAUGACGGUUAUCCAGCACUAGAUUCUACAGAAGUGCAGCCGAAAUAUGUCAAAGAUGGGAAACGAUAUGGGCGAAGAACAGCACCAGAAUUUCAGGAUUCGAUGGAAGUCAAAGUCACAGAGCCUUUAGCUGAUGUUACACAACCUGAAGAUGCUCCUUCCGGGGAUGAUAUUGAGAAAUGGAAGGCUUCCACAGAAGGUGAAGAAUAUGAAGCUGAAGGUCAGUUGAGAUUUUGGAACCCCGAUGAUUUGAACACUUCCCAGAGUGUGUUUGGCGCUGACCUCAAGGAUAUUGAAGGACGACUUCAAGCGGUUUCGGAAGAGCUUGGAGUCACCAAAGACAGUUACCUGAGUAGCAAAGAGCUGAUUUCCAUUUGUGACCAGUGUGGGCUUCAGAAUGUAGAUGCAGAGAUUCUGGAUGGCAUAUUUCAAAAACUAGAUCAAGAUGGUUUAAUGCGUCUUGAAGAUUUCCUUUAUGGCAUCUUUAAAAAGUCAGCACCUUCAUCUGCUUCCACUCCUUACAGGCAACUAAAGAGGCAUCAUUCCCAGCAGCCAUUUGAUGAAAGUGGACGGCGUAUUGCUACCCCAUCUGCUAUGACCAGCACUAUUGGUCUUCGCCUGUUUUCAUGUUUGGAUGAUGGGACAGGUUACACCUCAGCAGAUCAGAUCUUGGAUACCUGGCAAGAUGAAGGAAUUGAAAAUGGCCUAGAAAUUCUAAAGACCUUGGAUUUUGCCCUGUAUGGGAAGGUCAAUCUGACAGAACUUACCCUGGCCUUGGAGAACGAGCUCCUGAUAACAAAGAAUGGAAUCCACCAAGCUGUCCUGGCCAGCUUCAAAAAUGAGAUUAGACAUUUGAAGGAGCGAGUUGAUCAGGUUUUGAGAGAAAAAGAAAAACUUCGAAUGGACUUAGAAAAGGCAGAAAAAUUGAAAAACCUGAUGGCCUCUGAAGUGGAUGAUCGCCAUGCUGCUAUAGAACAGCUCAAUGAAUGCAAUCUCCGCAAGCUGGAGCAAGAAUACAGGAAUCGUUUUGCUGCUUUGAAGGCAGACCUAACCAAAGAAAAAGACCAGAUUUUCCAUCAGGCCAGUAAACAAAGAACAGAACUUGAGAAAGAGAUUGAGAAAAUGAAAGUGGAGGAUGGCUACCUCAGGGACCGACUUGCACUGUCAUUGAAGGAGAACAGUCGGCUGGAAAAAGAACUUUUAGAAAAUUCAGAGAAGGUGUUUGAGUUUGAGAACUUAGCAAAGAAGUUGCAAAACAAUUUGGACACUAUUUUGAAAGAGAAGUUUGGAGACCUUGAUCCAACAAGUGCUGAGUUUUUCUUGCAUGAGGAAAAAUUAACACGGAUGAGAAAAGAAUACGAGCAGCAGUGUAGGGAGCUCCAGGACCGGAUUGAUGAGCUCCAGUCUGAGCUACAAGCAUAUCAGACACAGGAGAAAAGUUUUAAACUAUUGAUGAGAAAUCCCUUGGCAGAGGAACUGGAGAGUAAGAGUGAUGUUAUUGACUGUGAUCAAGGUUUUGGUUCUGAAGAAUGUAAUCCAUUAAACAUGAGUUUGGAAGCAGAAAUGGCCAUAGAACAAAUUAAAGAGCAACACCAUCAGGCAGUUGAUAGUUUGAAAAUUGAGCUUGAAGCUAAGGUAAAUUAUUACGAGGAGCAGAUAGAAGAAACAAAAGUUAGAUAUGAAAUGGAGAAAGAAAAUUUUAACCAAGAGCACAACAAUGAGAUUGUGAAAAUGAAUGAAGAGAUUAAUGAACUCAGAAGCCAUAUUUCAGAACUCCAAGAGGAGAUCAAGAACCUCAAAAUAUUACAAAGUACAACAGAAUGUAAACACAAAGAGGAAAAAAUUGAACUGCAGAAUGGGUUUAAUGUAGAUAAAGCAAAGCUAGAGACACAGUUGAAACAGGAACAUGAAGAAACACUCCAGAGCAAAAUGAAAGAAGUAAGCCAAUGUCUCCACAAGGAGAAAGAAGAAUUAUUAGAAAGGCUGAAUGCCACUGAAGUGCAGCUGGAAGUUCAAAAAAAAGAACUGAAGGAAACAUUCAUAAGGGAAAAAAUGGAGCUGGAGCAGAUUUACCACACACAAAUUUCUGAAGUCACAGAAAACCUUGAACAGGAGAAAGAAGAGUUGCAAAGGAAUCUCUUGCAUGAGAAACAAAAUGAACUCCUACAGGAAAGGAAAAACGUGGAAAAUGAAUUUAACCAGAAGAUUUUGGAGAUGGAAGCCCAGUUUGGUAAAGAAUAUCAAAUACUCAUAAUUAAAUUCAAAGAAGAAACAUCUGAACUUGAGGAAAAAUAUCAACAAGAACUUCUACAACUUGAAAAACAACUUCUUGAGGAGAAAGGGCAGUGGGAAUUUGAAAAAGAGGAGCUUUUACAGGAGAACGAAGAUGAAAAGGAAAAGCUUAAGGAAAUGUUAAAAGAGAAAACACUGCUUUCUCAGAUACUCACUGAAGAGAGAGACAGUUUAGAGAAAUCUUGCAAAGAUGAAAUAAAUAAAUUAGCUUCUGAACAUCAGCAGCUUCAGAAGGAACUGGAGGAUUUAAAAGCUGCUACCUCGAAGAAAGAGGGUACUUUGACAGAUGAGCUUAUCAACUUGAGGAAGGAGCUGAAGAUACAAUUACAGAAGAAAGAAGAACAAUUGGCUGAGGCCGAGGACAAGCAGGAGCAGACCAGAGUGUUGAUUGAAAAGAUAAAAACAGAAUCUGAAAGGGAAAAAAAUAGACUGAAAUUGGAAAAGCUUAAAUUGGAAGAAAAAAACACCAGGGUUUCUGUUCAACUCCAGGCAGCACAUGAAGAAUUUGAAAAAGAAAAGGCAGAACAAUGUUCGGAAAUCUCCAGACUGCGAGAGAAAAUCAAAAAUAUGGAAGAGAACAUGGUGGCUCUUGAUGAAAAGCAAAAGUCCAACAACGAAUCGAUGGGGAGAAAUAAAGAAAUGAAAAAUAAGAUCGCCCAGCCGCAGGAGAAAAUGCUACAACUGGAAGAAGAAACAUUGCUACUUGCAGAAUCGAAAGUAGUACAUGAGGAAUUGAGAAAAGAUAAUGUGGAGAUGAGAGCAUUGGGGUUAGAAGAAAAUUCUAAGGAAUUGAAAGGAAAAGCGCCAAACCUACAGAAAGCCAAUGAACUACUUAAAAGAGAAAAGACAGAAAUAAUGAAGGUGAAUUUUGAACUUCAGGCAAAGGUUGAACAACUGCAAGAUAAAGUGAUAUCCCUUACAAACUUGGAGAAGGUGUCCAAACUGUCUGAGAAAGAAAUAAGAUCAGAAAAUGUAAACCUGAAAGUGAGGAUGAAGGACUUAGAGGAAAAAACACUGGAUGCCUCAAACUUACAGAGAACAUUAGAGUUGUUGAAAAAUGAAAUGGCAGAAGUUAAAAUGAAGAAGCUAGAAUGCCAGGAAAAAGUUGAACAGUUGCAGGAGAAAGUAGAAGUUCUCACAAAGGUGCGUGAAGAGUCUCAGAAGCAGCUUGCAGAAGUAAAAUUACAGAAUGUAGGCUUGAAAGGUUGCACAAAGGAAUUACAGGAAAAAUCUCUGGAGCUCUCAAAUUUACAAAAAACUAUUGAGCUGUUUAAAAAUGAAAAAAUAGAGAUGAUACAGGAGAGGGUACAACUUCAAGAAAAAGUUGAACAGUUACAAGACAAAGUAAAGUUUCUUUCAGGCUUAGAGACUGCACAUGAAGUCUCUGAGAAAGAAAUAGUAAAUGUAAGGGCUCAGAACAUGAGUCUGCAAGAAAGGACCAAACAAUUGGAAGAGAAGGUUGUGUUAAUCUCAGAACUUCAUAAGAGAAGUGCACAAACUGAAAGAGAGAAUGCUGAGUUAAAAGUUGUUGUCGGCAGAUUGCAAGAGCAAUUAAAUCAGCAGCAAGCCAGAAUGAACAGUGGUGAAUCUGAAGAACUCAUUGAUGCAAACGACGUCUUAAAAGAUCAAAAAGCCACACUGAGGGAGGAAGAAGAAGUUUAUCAUGAGAAAAUCAUAGAAUUGAAUGAAGCGCAACAGAACUUAAAGCAGCAAGUGGAGAUUUUGAAGGGUGACAAAAUGACUGCUCAGAAAAUUAUAGAAGUUCUGAACAAACAGAUGACAGAGCUGAGAUCCCAAAACCAACAGCUAGAUGCAGAGAAUGAAGAUCUUUGCCACAAAAACUCAAAAAAUCAAGCUGAUGUACUGGAAUUGAAGCAGCGGUUGGUUGAACUAGUUCGCCAGAAAGAGAAAAAGGCUGGGAGUUUUCAGAAAGAACGUGAACAAGAAAAAAUUCAUAAAAUGCAAGAAAUUGAAAACAGCCAUAUGUCCAAAUAUAACAAACUGGAGGAUGAAGUCACUGCUCUAAAGCGCACAAAUGAAAACUUGAUAAGGGAGAAGGAAACAUUGAGUGAUGAAGUGAACCAGUGCAUUGGCAAGAUUGCCAAAAUGAACAUUAUGGAGAUGCAGACGGAAAAUUUGAGACAUGAACUGCAGACAUCACUGCUGGAAGUCCAAAAGUUAUCUAGUCAGCUGACCACAUCACAAGAAAAGAUACAGAGUCUGGAGGAAAGUUUACAAAGUAUCAACCUCCAAACUGCAAAAUUGAAAUCAGACUUCCGUGUCGCUCAACAGGAAAAUGAGGCAUUGAAACAGGAAGUGAUGUCAUUGCACAAAGAGCUACAGACCACCAAAGAUAAGAAUCAGGUGCUAGAGCUGACUUUACAUUCUGCAGAUUUUCACCACCAGAAGAAAAUGUUUUACCAGGAUGAUCUGGCUCGACUGGUGGAGGAGGAACAGAAAUUUCUACGGCAGGAAAAUGAGAGGCUGCAGAAAGAGGGACAGCACACAAAAGGAGAGCUACAGCAGGCAAGGGGGAAGAUCAAACAUCUGGAAGCUGCAAUUUUAACACUCAAACACCAGAAACUCUAUAACAAGUCUACCAUGUUGAAAGCUGCUGAACAGGAGAAACUCUGUCUGAAGAGGGAUUAUGAUCAGAUUCAGAAAGAGCUCAACAAGAAGACUAAUCUGAUAUCCUCACUUGAACACGAACUGAAAGUCCUCAGUGUGGAGAAUGAAAUGCUACAAAAGAAACAGGCAAGCUUGGAGAACCAAUUAGUGGAGACUAGUGACAAGUUGCUACAGUCAAAUUCAAGCCUGACAUUUACCCAGGCACAGAAUCUUUGCGAACUACAACAACUGCGGGAACAGGUCUGUACCAUGGUGCCUAAAGAACAAUUAGCACAGCUCCAGCAACGUCUGAGCCUCGAGGAAGUUCAAUGCCGUCAACUGCAAGAGCAUCUGGACAAGAAAGUCACGGAAUGCAAUACACAACAGGAAGCAUAUGAACGACUGCUAAAAAAGAUGGAAGAAAGGAUGCAAGAUGUUGAAAAUAAGUUAAGGAAUAUGAAGUUAAUUCUUCAGGACAAAGCCAUCCAACAGAAAGAACAACUGUCAAGGAACGCUAAAGCAGAUGAAAAAGUCAAGGACUUGUUUGUUGAAAACGCUCAACUCCUCAAGGCCCUUGAAAUGUCUGAACAGAGACAGAAGACAACAGAGAAGAAAAACUACCUGCUUGAAGAAAACAUUGCAGGUCUUAAUAAAAUUCUCAAAGACCUAUCAGCACCAUCAUUGUCUGCGGCCUCAACUCGUUACUCAUCCUAAUGCAUUUGAUAAAUAACAUAACAAGGUGCAAUGCAAAGAAGCAAAGCACUUGAAACACUAUUGCACUUUAUAGAUUGAAUAUUUCUUUAGCAAGUGCUUAGAUUUUCCAGGACUCCAAUAUUUUCUGUAUUUCAGAAAGGAAAAUAGAAAAAGGUGCUGAGCAAGAAUUACAUAAUACUGCCCGAAAGCAACUGGUUUAGAAAGAUUGGUACACUUUACUGCUCCUUAUUUAACUUCCAAAAGGAAAUUACACAUUCAGUAAUCAGAUAUGAACUGCUAAUUACUUAUUAGAGAUCAUGGGGAUUGUUAAAAAGAACUGCUGUUAAGAAGUAGGGCAUUUGGUUUGAUUAGUUUUUAAACAUCUUAGACCAAAGAAAACUAACUGGGGAAAAAAAGCCAAUCAAAGGCAGCUGUUGUGUUGGUGUUGCAAAAAUAAUAAGUGUAUUUGUAAAUAAGACCAAUUUUGGCUUCUGUAUUAUCCAAAGUAAUAAUGCUGAUCAUUUAAAUGUAAAGAAAUAUUGUUCUAUGUGUAACUUGUACAGUUUGUAUGCCUGAACGUAAAUGUGAAUCAAUGAAAAAGUCAUGUGUUCUUGAAGAAAUGUAAAUACUGUUAUUUAAGGUUAAAAAGCAAAAUACUGCAGAUGCUGGGAAUCUGAAAUAAAAACAGAAAAUGCUGAAAAAAUGCUCAGCAGGUCUGGCAGCAUCUGUGGAGA